AUGAAUGCAGAAAAUGUGGCGAAAAUGCUGGCAGCUACAGUCGCCCCGGAACGAGACGUAGCACAGCAAGCAGAGGCGAAAUUGGAGGAAAUGCAAAAAAUAAUCGGAUUCCCUGGUAUACUUCUACAAUUGGUCAUGGGCGAAUCUGUAGAUCAGUCAGUAAAACAGGCGGGCGCCAUUAUGCUCAAAAAUUUUUGCCACACUUUCUGGGCCGACAGGGAAAUGACAGCAGCGGGCGACUCGGCGACGAACUUCGUCAUUCAUGAAAACGACAAAGCUUAUAUCCGGGAGAACAUUGUCGAGUCUAUCAUUGCCUCGAACGAGCUUCUACGAAAUCAACUCACAGUCAUCGCCAACCACAUUAUCAAGCACGACUAUCCUCACAAAUUCCCAGAGGUCAAUGAUAAAAUCCUCGCUUAUCUGCAGGAGAGAGCGGAGCCAGCAAAGCUGAUGGGAUCUCUGCUGGUGCUCUACCAAAUCGUGAAAUGUUUUGAGUACAAGAGCUCGAAAGAGCGCGAGCCACUGAUCAUGAGCAUGAAAGUAUUCCUGCCAAUUAUUCAAGAAAUGAUCGACCAGCUCUCGGCGGGAGACAAUAACGAAGCAUCUAUCCUCCUGCAAAAACAAAUUUUAAAAAUCUUCUUCGCUCUCACACAGUACACCAUGCCCCUGACACUCAUCAACGCGGAAAACUUCGCCACGUGGAUGGAAAUCAUCAUUCGAAUUAUUGCAAUCGAGGUCCCAGCUUUUGUUGAUGAGUACGACGAGUCUGAUCGGGCAGAGUCGCCUUGGUGGAAGGUCAAGAAGUGGUGCUGCCAUGUCGUCUCCAGGAUUUUUGAGCGAUACGGAAGCCCAGGAAACGUCGAUGAACAAUACCUAGAUUUCGCCAACUUCUGGCUCAAGAAUUAUUCAAUCAAAGUGAUGGCCGUCCAGCUCCAGGUGCUACAGCGGAAGAAGGAGGAAAAAUACAUCGCACCUCGCGUGCUUCAACAAAUCCUGAAUUACGUCGAAACAGCAGUUGGGCACGCACAGACCUGGAAGAUCUUGAAAAACGUCUAUAACGAUAUGCUGAUCUACAUCUUGUUCCCACUCCUGUGCUUCUCAGAAGACGACAAAGACCUGUGGGAAGACGAUCCACAAGAGUUCAUUCGAUCGAAGUUCGAUGUCUUCGAAGAUUUCAUUUCGCCCAAUACUGCCGCCCAGACUGUGCUACAUACUGCAUGCUCAAAGCGUAAACAAGUGCUCGAGCUAACGAUCAACUUCUGCUCUCAAAAGAUUCAAGAAGGCUGCACACCACAAGAGCAAGACGGCGUGCUUCAUAUCAUCGGUUCUGUCGCCGAUGCCUUGAUGAAAAAGAAGCCGUUUAAAGAUCAAAUGGAAGGAAUGCUCCGUGACCUUGUUCUUCCAGCCUUCACCAAUCAAGAAGGAUACAUCCGCGCUCGAGCUUGCUGGGUUGUUCAACAAUGCGCACAUUUGAAGUUCAAGAGCGAUGACAUUCUCAAAGCGAUGGCCGAUUGCGUCAGGGGUCUCUUGCUCAACCCCCAGGAACACCUGCCCGUGCGUGUUGAAGCUGCGAUCGCCCUUAACCAGUUCGUCUGCCAGCAACACAAAAUUGCCCAGUACAUGACUCAAUCGCUCAAAGAGAUACUUGAAGCACUUCUUUUCUUGAUCAACGAAACUGAGAAUGACGAGCUCACUGAUGUGGUUAGGAAGAUUAUCUGCUACUACUGUGAAGAAAUCGCUCCAUUUGCUGUUGAAAUGGCCGACAAAAUUGUUGCGACCUUUUUAAAGGUUAUCGACAAUGAUGACGAAGACACGUCUGAUGAUCGAGCAAUCACAGCUGUUGGUCUUCUCAACACACUGGAAACUAUGCUCGACGUGGUUGAUCAAGAAAAGAGCAUCAUGGCUCGCUUGGAGGGUAUUGUCUGCCGGGCUAUCGCGCACGUCCUGGCUAAUAGAAUAAUGGACUACUACGAAGAAGUGCUUUCCCUGCUGUACUCGAUCACAUGCAACCAGGUCUCUCCAGAGAUGUGGCAGGCGCUCGAACUCAUCCACAACGUUUUCAACGACGAUGGAUUCGACUUUUUCACAGAAAUGAUGCCUUGCCUCCACAACUUCCUUGUGAACGACACGGAGAUGUUCCUAUCGAACCCUCGGAAUCUCGAAAUCUUGUUCUCCAUGUGCUGCAAGGUGCUCACCUCAGACUGCGGAGAGGACCCGGAGAGCCACGCAGCCAAGCUACUCGAGUGCAUUGUGAUCCAAUGCAGAAGCCAAGUGGACCCCAUUUUGCCGAAAAUUCUUGCACCCGCACUUGAACGACUUACGAAAGAAAUCAAGACACCAGAGCUUCGCCAGAUGUGUCUUCAGGUAGUGGUCGCUGCAAUGCUCCACAAUCCGGAUGUGGUGCUUGGCUUGCUUAACGAAAUCCGCUUUCCGAAUUCGCCCGAGCCAAUCGGAUCCGAUCAGUUUGUUCGCAAAUGGCUCGGCCAUAUCGAGGAUUUUACUGGCAUCCACGACCGUAGAGUUUGCAUUUUCGGUCUUUGCAAUUUACUGUUGUCAUCUGCAAAGCCAGCAUGCGUAUGGGAACUUAGGAAUGAAAUUUUGCCGAACUUUAUCCACCUCUUCAAUGGACUCAAGAAAGCCGUCGCGCUGAGGGACGAGGAAGAAGACGGGGAAGAGGAAGACGCCGAGAUUGACGACUCAGACGAAGAGCUAGAGGAAAUUGACGACGAUGCCGACUUGAUCGACUCUGACAAUGAAUACAAAGAUAUUCUGAAAGACCUUGACGCAGGAGACGAGUCGCUUUGGGAGGCAGAAACUGGAUUAGAGACUUUCCAAACCGAUUUUGACGAUGAAGAGAAAGAGGAUAACGAUGAAUAUUUACGCUUUUGCAAAGCGAUGCAAAGUAUCGAUGCGGGAGAUAAGCAACUUUAUAGCGGCAUCACUGAAGGCUUAACGAAUGAGUUCCGAGAUGAGCUGAUGUCCAUCAUGAAUCUAUCCGAGGAGCGAAAGAAAAAGUACUCGACCUAA